AUGGCAAACUCUGUACUACGGUCCAGUGUGAAGGAAGAGAAGGAUGGUGUGAGCAAUUCCUUUCGCCACAAAGAAGUUGGGACGGAGCAACUUGGGUGCGAAAGCGGGUCUGAUUGCUCCUUGAACAAGCAAGGUGUUCCAUCCUGCACCAACUGCAGAAGCCUAUUCUGGGAGCAAGUGAAGAGGCACACGCCCAGGAGGGAACUAGGCUGUUGGUACCAGCUUGAGUGCUCACUCUCUGCACUAGCAUGGAUGGACGGGAAUGCAGCGGCAAAAGGCGUGUCUGGGGACCAUGGAAGAAUCAUACAAGAGAACGACAGCUUGGACUGGUUGAAGGACAGGCUCCAAGGCCUUGGUCAUCCUCUUCCCGACAAUCGCUUGCCCUUUACUCCUGACUGGGGGGAUGGAGCAUCUGGGUGGAACAAUGCGAGUGGAAACACGAGCCGACCUGCUUCAGGGGGCAACCUUCAAGGUCGCUUUCCUCCCAUGGCGCAGGUCAUUGGUCCAUCGGGAGGUGUGCAGUCCGCCUUCAUGCCAUUCCAGGCCCCUCUGGUGCCGCCGUUAGCUUCUUCCAUGAAUGUCAGGGAGGCUCCUGCUGUUCCACCUCCCAAUCGCUUCCGAUUGUUUGGUUUUUGGGUUGAGUCGGCAGCGGCAGAAAGUGGUCGCGAUCUGGGGUCGCUUUUAGGGGGUCAGAAAGGGGGCUUUCAGGAGCAGCAGGAUGAGGGUUGGGAGCAGCAGCUGUCGCAAGUGGAUGGGGAGUCAGAAAGGCAAUUCAGGAGCUCUCUAGAAGGCGAAGAGAGGCGAGAUCAACCAAGGCUCCAAAACGUGGGGAUCGGAGCUUGGGCUUCAAUUGAGACGUUUGCAAGGAAUACAGCAUUCUGGAAAGGGGAGGAAGGGGCGCCGCACGAGGAUGUCAACCCUGGCCUUCAAUGGCGUGUCCCUUUGGGAAACGAGCGGCAAGCACCGCAGGAGCGAAACCUCUUGCAGGGGGGUGGCGCCUGGCAGUAUCUUGAGCGGCGUUCUAGCGGGGAAAAGGGGGACCUGGCAUCGCAGAAGCUGCACUUUGGCCCCGAGAGCCUGUUGCUGUAUGGGGGAAAGACCGACCCCGUAGCCGGGGGGUUCGGCUUUUUCCGUGAGGAUGCAGCCUAUCUCAAGCGACAGCGGGCACCAGAGCAGCUGGCUCAGCGCUCCCUCAAGGCUGCUCAAAAUGUGAAUGACGAUUCUAGUGGGGUGGCGGGGGGGGUUGGGGAAACUGCAAAGGGUGGGGCGGAUGGCGGGUGGUUUGACCUGUCAAAAGAGACGACUGGGGGGUUGAUCAACAUUUUUGAGGAGGAUCUGCGGCCGAAGCGGAUGUGGUCGAAGGCGGGGACGACCGGAGCGGCGGCGCCGGGCGCAGGUGGAUUGCACAUCAUCCCUUUCCAGCUCACGACUGCGGGCGGUUUUGCGGGACUGGAAGGUGUAACCAACAGUCGAAGUAGGCACCCCCCCAGGACAGAAGCGCCCGAGCAGCAAGCUGGCAGGAGUAGCGCCCGCCUAGACACGUCGGCGCAAGCGCCUGUGGGCGCGCGGGGGCCAAAGAGUCGAGCGGACUGGAUGGCCGAGCAAGCAGCGCACGAGCUGCUCACGCUCGCGUUUGCGCAGCAAGUGGAAGAGGCGCCACCACAGGGGCCGCCUGCUGAGGCGCGCCAGAAAGCUGCCAGCUUGUUUAAAAGUCAUCCUUCCGACGUGAGCAUACAGCGCUCCGAGUCUCUAGACCCAGCACACAGCGUGGCGCAAAUAUCAGCGGAUACCCCCUCCUCAGAGGACGACCAACCCUUGGCGCGGCGGCAGGGGGGUGGCGCCACGCCUACCAAGCCCCAGAAAGAGUCCCCCCAGGUGAAUCGGCUGCCCCUGUUGACAGAAAAGGGCCACUCACAGAGUGUCGCGGCCAGCCUUCAGGUCGCCGAAAACGAGGCGGCAGUGGAGGCGGACGACCGGUGCAAUUAUCACUCGGGGAAGGCCAAGAAGGGCUGGCGCUGCAAGAACCCCAAGCUCAAGGGGUUCAAGAUUUGCGUGUUCCACAGGAAACAGCGCCUGGAUCGACGUCAAAUGAGCGCUGCAGCCUCACCCUCCGCCAAGUCCUCCCCGGCCACCGGCGCUUCGGCCCCCCCCAAUGCGCAGCCUGCCAAACCGCCCCCCUCCAGUGCCAUUCCACGCCCUCCAAAAAAGCGCCCGCACGCAUUCCUGGAUUUGUCUCCGGGGGGAACCCAACCUAGCCCCGAAGAGUCGGACAAGCAGCCCCCCCGAAGGAAGCGCCGCUCGCUUCCCAAGCCCCGGAACCGGCUGGUUCCCAAUACUGUUUCGGGGGGGACUCAGGCAAUUGAAGGUGCGAGCCCAAGUAGGAAGAGGGGGGUGCAAGCAGAGGAAACGAUGGGGGGGGGAAGUGAGAGGAAAGAGGAAACGCACGGGGAUGAGCAUGCUGCCGAAGGGGGCACUGGUGGGGGUCUGGCGUCCCCCCCCGGAAAGGAGCUGGCGGACGAAGAGCGGUGCACGUAUCGGUCUGGGGCGCAGGGCAAGUGGCGGUGUAAACGGCAACGGCACGCCAACUUCAAGUUCUGCCAGUUUCAUAGGGAAAGUCAGAAGAAAUACUGGGACAAAAAGAACCAGGCGCGCCGCAUGUUAGACAAGAAGAAGUCCUAGCCUGUGCUUUACUUGUUGGACGUGCCAUCAGGCAAAGGUUAAAACUGGCAGGUGCUGAUUGUUUCCACAAAGGUGUACUUUCUGACGGUUAAGGUUAGGUUGGAUCAGGUCAGCUGCAUCGAGGGUUUUCCGUAAGGUAACCCUCCGGUUGAUCUGGUCAACCACAGUUUCGGCGGGUUGGUGUUUUGAGUGGCAAGACCAGUGAACUUCCAUGCUCAAGUGCAUUGCUUGUGGUACUAGAAACAGGGAUAGGGCAUGCGAGGGGUCAUACUAGAGCCGUGCGGGCUUGGCGGAGGUCGGGUUGAUUCAAAACGCGAUUUUGACCGCAUAUGUAACACUUACGGUUCGUGUGUAGAAGUAAAACGUGUCAGGCUGUCAGCCGUCUCCGCGCGCUUUGUCUUUGCAGCCAACUUUCUAAGCGCGCCCUGCCAAGAUUGUUGGGAGGUGUCAAACUGGA